UGUCUAAUCGACCAACAUACUGCGUGCGCGUACACGUGCGUCCGCUGUGCGCGCCGCCGUUCCUGCGGAAUUCAGGAGGCUGUGGUCCGACUCCGAAAGACUCUCACCUAGAAAAUAAUGAACAACAAAUUUGACGCUCUGAAAGAUGAUGACAGUGGAGACCACGACCAGGACCAAGGCUCACCGAAAGACAGUGAGAAGGAAAAAGCUGAAGACGAGGACAAGGAACAGAACAUCUCCAAGAAAAAGAUGGUGGUGCCAGGUGCAGGAGAGCACCCUCUUCAAUACAACUACACCUUUUGGUACUCCAGACGCACCCCAGGGAGACCAGCCAGUACUCAGAGCUACGAGCAGAACAUUAAACAGAUUGGUAGCUUUGCCUCGGUGGAGCAGUUCUGGCGUUUCUACAGUCACAUGAUCCGGCCAGGCGACCUGACGGGCCAUAGUGACUUCCACCUCUUCAAGGAGGGUAUUAAACCCAUGUGGGAGGAUGAUGCCAAUAAGAUGGGAGGGAAGUGGAUCAUCCGUCUGAGGAAAGGCCUGGCGUCUCGGUGCUGGGAGAACCUGAUCCUGGCCAUGCUCGGGGAGCAGUUCAUGGUUGGAGAGGAGAUCUGCGGGGCUGUGGUGUCCGUACGCUUCCAGGAGGACAUCAUCUCCAUCUGGAACAAAACGGCUAGCGACCAGGCCACCACAGCCCGCAUCAGGGACACCCUGCGCAGAGUCCUCAACCUGCCUCCCAACACCAUCAUGGAGUACAAGACUCACACAGACAGCAUUAAGUAUAGCAUGGGAAGACUUCCAUGGACUGGUGAAUCCUAGUGGCGGACGUUAGCCCCUCACAGACGACCUCUGCAGGAGUGUGCGAAUAUGUGAUGUGCUGGGGGAUGACGAGUCUAGAGAAGAAUUCCUCCAUGUGGAUUGGCACUGUGUAAGACGAAGACAGAGCAAAAAGUCAGGAUCAGAGGCAAGAAGACCAAUUGCGUCUUUGCGUCAAAUUGGAAAUGAACCGAAAAGCCUGUCAACAGAACACUGAACCAAGCCGAAGAAAGAAAAAAUGCGUUAUUUUUAAUCAACCAGAGAAGAAAGAAAGAGCCUCCUAUUGUAUUUUUUAUUUUUAAUCAUGCGAGUUAUGACAUCUGUUAACUUGGCACCAGAGCAAGGCCAUGUGACUAGUGUUUGCUGAUCUGGCCGUUAGCUGUUAACAAAGUGUACUUGACAAAAUACAACAAAACAAAUCUGUUAUUUAAACUAGAUCAGCUCGUGUUGCUUUGCAUAACAUCACACAUCCUGCUGUUAAAAACGAAUCUGUUUUAUUGGGACUCAAACUGGGUUGCAGCUAGAUGUUAUUUUAUUACAGUGCUGAAUUAUAACUAUAAUUCCUCUGGUCAUUUCAAACUAGAACGAUAACUAUUAAUAUUGUGUAUGAUGUAUUUGUAAAUACAGUCUACUUAAAAAGAUCACUUAAGUGAAUCAGGAAUGAUUCUCUAUCUGGGAGCUGGAGGUUGGAUCCCAAAGGAUGAGGACCAUCCUGUGCUGGGCAGGUUGUAGAACCGGCAUCGUAAUAAUGGACUGAAUCACUGUGCCUGGCCUCGAGCCCAACCCCAAAACCAGUUUUUCCUGUUUUGUCUUUAUCCCACCUUUUAAAGAAUCCAAGGGAUGGGCUCUGCUUUAAUGUCCUCAAAGGAGUAUAGGAGUCCUGAAACACUGACCUUCACUCCCUUUUCCAUUUUGUAGAAAAAGAA